CUCUCUUCCUCUCUUUCUCUUCACUUUCUGUUCAGCUCCUCACAGCUGAAUAGAGACUGGACAUCUGUUUAGGGGAGAGUCUAAGGGAUCCUUUUUGGACACAAGUGAGAUUUUUUUAUUUUCAGUUUUUUUGCCAGGAUGUCUGAGAGCAUUGUAAGGAAGGUUCAGCCCUUCACCAUUGGAACCAGGCUUUCCAUUCCUUCUUUACCAAAAGAGUUUCCACAGAGUUAUCUACCCGGUGAAGCUCUGGAUAAUUGCGUUUUACAGCAUAACCUGAACUCGCUCUACCUCAGCAGAUCCCAGGUCUGUGCACAUGGCUCCCGUCUUGUUUUGCCGAUCGCUGAUGAGGCAGCUUCCAUGAAAUUCAACCCGGAGCACGUGGCAACAGAAGACCACCUGAACCAGAACAUUGCCUCUCCCUCAGCCGUCUCUAGAUCCAUUAAGAAGAUCACAAUCUCUGGAAGUAAAAAGCAAUCAAACACCAAAACGGUGCUGGGACCAGUUGCACGCUCCUCGCCUGUAAACAGCAACAACAAUAACAACAUCACCAACAGCAGCUCUCCAGAUCAACAGCAGCCAAGAAUCGUGGGAGUAAGCUGUGAAAAUAACCCCAAGUCUCAAUUUAAGGUACAAAAGGUUUUACUUAGCAAAGAGAGCAGUGAGGAGCCUCAGCUUCUUCAGGGACAAGCUUGGACAAGAUUAAAUGUAGAGAGAUCAGCUGAGAUUUCAGCACCUGAGAAGCAGAACAAAGAGCUUCAGAGGAGAGAAAGUCAGCAGCGUGAUGAAAGUCCGGCAGCGGCUAAAACUCAUGGUGAAUGUUUUACUCAGCAGAACUCUCUUUUCAACAAAGAAGCACUACAGGCAGAAGCAUGGAUCAAAGGGAAACUACAGGACUUGAAAGAUGGCUGCAAUGUUCAAUACUGCCCCCUGCAGGACUGGGAGGAAGCUGCACAGACGCUUCAAAGAGACCUCAAAGAUUUUGAGAACACCCUGAUUCAGCUCAACCAGCUGGGUGAGCAGCUGAUCUGCAAGCUGAACCCGACAUCUGACCUGGUGAAGAAGCAGCUCAGUCAGCUCAGGGAACAGUGGCAAAACCUGAGGCAGAUGGCUGCAAAUCAGACACGCGCUUUGGGUGCAGCCAGGAACCUGCAGGAAUUCAACAAGAAGGUGGACAAGCUGGAAGCUUGGAUUAAACAGAAGAAGGAAGAGGAGCAGUCUCUGGUGAGUGUCCUGGGGGAAAAUGUUGACAAAAUGCAGCUCACCAGGAGAAUUCUUGAUCUCAAACAGGAUGAGCAGCUCCACAGAAACCUGCAUGAGGAGAUCAACAAUCUGGCCCUGAAGUUAGAGAAAUUAGGGAAAGCGGAAGGCAAAAACAUUACCAUGAGGAAGAAACACAUCAAUAAAAUGUGGCUAAAGAUCCAGACCUAUCUGAAAAAUUACCAUGAAAAUCUUCAAAUGGCCCUGGAGAUUUCCUCUCUUUACCAGCAGGCUGAUAAUACAUUGGAUGCAAUGAACAACAUGAGGAGAAUGCAUGCAUCUAAUGAGCUGGAAAACUUUGGUGACAGAGAAAUUCGUGACAUUGCAAGUCAAAUCAUGAUGCUGGAUGUGAGCGUAUCCCAGCUUCCCAAACUUCCCCAGACUCUGGCUGCCAGCGUCACAAGGAAGCAGGCUGAGGUGAAAGAGUGCUGGGCGCUCCUCCAGAAGGAUCUAAGGAGUGACAGGACGACACACUCCCUCCCUGGUUCCACUUUCACCAGGGAAGAUGCUGACCUUCUGACUCCUGUGUGCGAAGCCCAAUGCAUCACGGGAUCUGAGACACAUGGGAUCAUGGGAAAAGAGGUGAAGGAGGAACAGAACCGUCUGAAAGGCUGCCGAAGUAUCAGUGACUGUAAGAGCAGUGGCCCAGCUCAGAGGAGCCAGCAAGAGGACCACCAAUCAGUGAACCGCAGUUCUUCACCAGAGGGAGAUGACUCACUCGGUGCAAAUGAGCCCAUCAGCACACAUGAACCGAAGGGGGAAAGAGAAGCAAGAGCAGAGCCCAGGCAUCCUGCCGGCCAUCGAGGCCACCCACAACUCCACCUACAACUCCAGAAGUUUACUUUGUCUGCUGACAAGACUUUGUCCUGGCUGAAAGACAACGUUUCCAUGGCAACGCAGGUGUGCUUGAUGGCUAGCUCCGAGGGGCUGGAGGCAGCAAGGAGGUGUCAACAGUCCCUUGAACAAGAAAUCCUCAAAAACAGAGCCAGGAUAGAGGUGGUCAAAAGGGAGGGUCAUGGGCUGGUCCGUGCACAGCACCCAGGCAGCUCGAAGAUUGAGGAGUUCCUCAGCCAGCUGGAAGUCCUUUGGGAAGAACUGAGGAGGAGGCACCAAAGGAAUGCUGCCUUUCUGCAGGCCUCUGAGAAGCUCGGCUUUAGAGUUGUGAAAGUGCUGCAAGCCCUCGGCAGCCUUGAGGCCUGGCUGGAGUCUGUGGAGCUUUCCAUGAAGGCGUCUGCUUUAGCUGGUGACCCUGAAACAAUGAGCAGGGCUGAGAAGGAGAGCUGCCUGCUGGAGAAAGAGGUGGCAGCACGGAGUGUGGAGCUAAAUGCUCUGAGGCACGAGGUGGAUCGCCUUCACGGAUACAGUCAUCCCCACACACAGGGAUUGGCAGGACGAAUGGAGGAGCUGGAGAGAAAGUAUCACUGCGUGCUGAGUGCCCUGACCCAACAGAGCUCAGAGCUGCAGGACACACGCAUGCUGACUGAGUUUCUGGAGCGUUUGGAGCUGGAGGACAGCCAGGAACUCAAUGCAGAACAUUAUCAUUUUGACCAGCAGCCUCUUCAUAGCGACAUUUCCUCAGUCCCUACAUCGCUUGUACUCCAAAGAAGUGGUGUCAGGGACCAGUUGAUUGAAACCAUGGGGGACCCAGUGGAAGAACUGCGGGAGGCUGUGGAGAUGCUGAACAACACUGUGAGGGAAAGAGGUCGAUCACAAAGCCAUGAUCACGCCGUCCAGAAGCUGCUAAGCAAGCAUGCCAGCCUUGCAGUGCGUGUGGAGGAGUGCUUGUGCAGCAGCAAAGAGCUGAGCCUUGACAUCCUGGAGAAGGAGACAGACAUGGCCGUGCAGUGCGAGCCAGAGCACAGCGGCUUCGAGCCUCUGCAGGACAGACUAGACCACCUGGAGAUUGAGUAUGAAAUCAUCAGGGAGGAAGUAAAGGAGAUGGAGAAGGAGGCUUUUCAUCUAAAGGAGCUGUGUUUAGAGAAAGCGCCCGUUUUCGAGGUGAAGAUCCAUUCUACGCUGCAGGCCUGGAGCGAGCUGGGGAAGAGCGUGAUGGAGAACAGAUCGCGUCUCCAGGAGUUUGUGGAGCUCCGGAGCUUCUUCAGAAGCUACCUCGCCCUGAUCUCGUGGACUGAAGACACUAGGUCGUGCAUUUUCUCAGACACUGCCCUGCACCUCAGGAGAGAAGGACAGCGGCCACUGGUAGCAGAACUAGAUGUUCAAAUAGAAAAAAAGUUUAAGGAGUUUGACGCGCUGGCUACCAAAGCAAAGACUCUUUUAGACUCAGAACACCACCUCACACAGAUGGUGAAAGAACGCAUGGAGGAACUGAGGAGCAUGCUGGGAUGGAUCUCAGUGCACUGGAGAGCACAGAAACAACAGAGAUUUCACCAACACAACAGAGAGGAACCUUCGAGUGACAACAUUUACUCUGAGGCGACCGUGUGGAACUCAAUUAAAGAGAGUUUGGUUCCUGAGCUUGAAGACCUCCAAGAGUCGCACUUCAUCAAGACCUCUGAGGACACAACAAAAACAGCUGAAAGUAAUGAAGAGAUUGAAGGCAAGCAGUCAGAGGAUGACUAUGAAAUCAUGAACAGGAUCAGCCCACAAGGCGACUCUCCUAAAGCAAACAUGACGGCGGUGAAGGAGAGCAGCACCCCACCUGCUAGCAGCGCGGUAAACCUCAUCCUUAGCUUUGGGAACACUGGGGACAGCCAGGUGCAGGUGCUCGACCUGCCUGCUGUGACGGAUGAGAUAUUAAAGGAGACCUCUGAGCCUGUGCACAGGCCCUCUCUGCCUCAGUCUUCUGCCUGUAAAAAGCUUUGGAGGCGCUGCCAGGGGAUUUUGGAAAAUACUUUCAGUAGUUUAAAGCGAAAGAGAAAGAUUUAUCGGCAGAGCGCAGAUGAGGUAAGUGCCUACCUGCACGUAAAGAACUGCAGCCUGGCAGCAGCCCCAGUGUACGAGAGUAUAACUCUCCCCCGCCAAAAGAGCCGUUCUGCAACCUCUGACUCCCCUACUUUAUGCCCAUCCUCCUCAUCCUUCUCCUCACAAUCUUCCUCUGUGUCCGAACCACAAACGGCAAAUGUCAGCUUCCACCCUUCAAGGAGGAGCAGUGGCAGCGCCAUCUUUUGCAGCCUCAAAAGGAUGGGGAAGAAGAGGAAAAGGAAGCGAGACGAGCGCAGACACACCAUACAGAGAAUUAUGGGCGUGGAUGAGCAAGUCAGCGGGCUGCACCAGGAUGACUCUGAGACAGUCACAUAUGACACUCAAACAUGGCCGCUGAAGGAAGGUCAGAGAAAGAAGAGUUUACAGAAGAACACAAAUGUUGGAGAUGCUGUGGCCUACAUGAAAAAUCCUCUGCUGAAAGACAUUGAUUCAGAGUGUUCAGGAGAACACAGCAUUACUCCUUAUGCUGUCUCAUCAGGACCAAGCAAUUCUCCCUCAGAGGGUCCAGGGAGAAACCAGUGCAGAGUACUCAGUUUGGGCUCCGUGUUGAGCUUCGAUCUGCCGAAGGACCUGACCCUCAUCCCUGGCAUUCAGGACAUCAUCACUAUCGCCCCGCCGGAGUCGAAAACAGCAGGUGGGACAGAUGCAGAUCCUCUCUCUCAGCGAAACACCAUUCUAAGCUCCUUCAAACAGACCCAUGUCGUGUCGACCGUCACAGGAAGCUCUGCUGAAAUCGGCUCCUCUGAAACCCAGCAGUCAGCAAAGGAUCUCCCUGAUGAAAAGAAUUUACAACCUUCCCUGGAAGACCCUGUGGUAACAUAUGAUGACACGGCUAGAAUAAAUUUCAGUCAACAUGAAAGUACAGAGGAGACAGAUCAAAGCUCCACUGACUUGAAAUAUAGUAUAAAUGAGAUUAAUAAGCCCUCAAAGCUGCGUAUUUACACAAAUGAACUCAAUAACUGCACUUCAGUCCCUCAUAAACAUGAGUGUGUCAGUGUCCAUACUCUAAUUCGGGACCUGAACGGACACCAGUAUCAUAAAUGCACCAGUUCCCAGUGUGAGCAUGUAACCAGCCCCCACAUGAAGUCAAACCAAGCUUCUCAUGUGAGACUCAAUCUAAAGUCUACAAUGAGUGUCAGUGUUCGGCAGGACUCUGUAGAUUCUGGCAUCUCCACCUCCAGCAGUUUCAAGCUUAGCACCGACACUCCAUGUCCAGAUCAGUCGUUGCCCAAGGGAGUGGUGGGAAAGAUUAUUUCUCUUGAGGUGGGGGGUAUAGGAUCAGCUAAAACAAGAGAAAACUCUGCAGCAUCUUUAAGUCCAUCCUCGGACUCUGUAGAGUUAAACAAGGAGCCGCUCCACGUCGACCACCAGCAGUUUGAGGAGGAAGAAGAAGAACUGGAGGACAUCUGGAACCAGAAUACAAACUACAGGCAGAGCAUCUGCUCAGACAUCAUGUACCAGCCCAACCAGGAGCCCCUCACAGACCAAAGCAAAGAAGGGGUUUCCAGCUCCCCCUCUGCCACAAACCCACCUGUUCUCUACAGAAACCUGGUCACCGCCUCAGCACCAAACCUCCUCAUAGCCGAGUUCAAACUCCCCCCAAACAUCCAGAACUGUCCAGGUUAUGAGGAGUGGCAAAAUUCAAAAGAUCACCUACCCCCUCUUGCCACAGGAGACAGGAAGUCCUGGGCAGCUUUUCCUAACAGGGAACCAGUCAGCAAGACUGCAGUGAUGGUGAACGAGACAGCGUCUGACCCAGUGAAGCUUCCAGAAGUUGGCAACAAUCCCAGAUACGUUUAUCAAUACAGAGAGGAGGAUGAGGGGGAGCAACAGGAGGAGGUUGAUGAGCUGACCAGUUGUUUACAGAAACAGUCAACGAAUCGACUUUCAGUCCAUAUGGGUUUGAAUGGAGCCCGUCAGCAAAGUCUUGAAGAUCCAGUAAAGCUGCAAGAAGAGCAAUUAGCCACAGGAGGGCGCUGUUUCAUCCUUAGUGGAAAACCAGAUCUUCAGUCUAUGGAAGGAACCCUGGAGAGGAAGAAUAAACUGCAGCUGGGAGGAAAGAAAGCUGCCUCCAGAGGCUGGAACUCUUACCAUGCAGUCCUGUACAGACAAACCUUGUGCUUCUUCCAGGACAGAAAGGAGACGCUGCGCAGCUCUGCAUGUGGACUACCACUGAACCUAAUAGGAGCUGAGUGUUCCCCUGCCCCAGACUACACCAAAAAACCCAACUGCUUUCGACUACGGCUCCGUGAUGGGUCUGAGUAUCUGUUUAAUACCGCCUCACGCUUUAUGAUGAAGAAGUGGAUCAUGAAAAUACAAGCAAGCACAGGUCAAUGUGAGUUUGUGUCUUCCCCAACAAAUGAUCUUGGUGAUCAAGGCCUGCCCGUCUCUUUAUCUCUGGAUCAGGGCAGCGGUCAGUGCCCUCCCCAGCACAAGGCCACACACACAUUCCCAAGAUUGAGAAAACAAAGCAGUGAUGAAACCAAAGAAAUAUUCAUCUUUGCUAGAGAUCAGGGUCACAUGCUCCAGACCCUAAGAGAGGAUGAGAAGUCGAAGGUCUUAUCAUUGGAUCCAGGCUGCUAUGGUGAUGAAGAAUGUGGCUUAACUCAGACAGUGACUCACAGACUUUCUGCAGAGACCAAAUCUCCUUCCUCCUCUCACUCCCCUGCAUCCAGCAGUCAGAACUGGCUCAGCAGCAAGCACCGCUCCCACUCAUUUACAUCAGCAACUUAUCAGAGGAUUAACCCCAUACUGCCGUCUCCUGGAGCAGAAGGAGUGGAUAAAGGAUCCAACUACUGUGUGACUUUGGUUGUUGGAGGCAGUUCAACAGAAAAUGCAUCAGUAAGCAGAAGUCUGGAGCCUUCAGUUCUGCCUCUACCUUCAUGGCAGCCAGACGUGUAUAAGGACUCCACUCUGAAAAACUACUCCAGCCUCCCAAGACCUCGCAACAAAUCCGUCUUCAAAAAGUUCUUUGGGAGAAAAGAGCCCUAAUCAUAUGAAAGCUGAUUUUGUACAGAUAGUUUCUAGUGUGCAGUGCACAUAUAAAACAAAAAUACACAACUACUGACCAUAUUUAUGAGCAAAACACUUAUCCUAGUUAUAUUUUUGAUGUGUUUGACAUAAAUCAAUUUGUAGCCUAAACAGUCCUUAUAAAUAAACAGUUUUAUUACA